GCUGAUUGGUCCAGAGUGGGAGGCGAGGCUACAUAAGCCAGCGCUCGCUGCUCAGCUGAUCUUUGUGAAGGUAACAGCAGAGAGCUACGCAUCGCCCGCCUCCCAGUGCUGAGAUGAGUGGAAGUGUGAGCAAUGGCGAGGGGGCGGACUACCCCUUGAGCAAGCCCUUAUCCGAAGAUGAUCCUCAACUUUAUGAAAUUCUCAAGAAAGAAAAGAGGCGGCAGUUUCGUGGGCUUGAAAUGAUUGCUUCGGAAAAUUUCACAUCUCGUGCGGUAAAUGAUUGCUUGUCAUCUUGCCUCACUAACAAGUACUCCGAGGGCAUGGUUGGCCAGAGAUAUUAUGGUGGAAACGAGUUCAUAGAUGAGGUGGAAGUGCUGUGUCAGCAGAGGGCCCUCAAGACGUUUGGGCUGAAGCCUGAAGAAUGGGGUGUCAAUGUUCAACCAUACUCUGGUUCUCCUGCCAACUUUGCCGUCUACACUGCUCUAGUUGAACCUCAUGGACGUAUUAUGGGGUUGGAUCUUCCUGAUGGUGGUCAUCUCACACAUGGUUUCUACACAGCCACCAAAAAAGUGUCAGCUACGUCAAUAUUCUUUGAAUCGAUGCCCUACAAGAUCAACUUGCAGACAGAGCUUAUUGACUAUGACAGACUACAAGAGAAUGCUAAACUUUUCAAGCCUAAGCUCAUAAUUGCAGGUGUCAGUUGUUAUCCUCGUCACCUGGAUUACAAAAGGUUCCGGGAGAUCUGUGACGAGAAUGGUUCCCUCUUGAUGGCCGACAUGUCGCACGUAAGUGGCCUUGUAGCCACAGGCCUAACUACAAACCCCUUUGAAUACUGUGAUGUAGUCACUACAACUACGCACAAGACACUUCGUGGACCUCGAAGUGGAGUUAUCUUCUAUAGAAGAGGCCAGAAAGGUGUGGACAAAAAUGGAAAACCAAUAAUGUAUGACUACGAGGACAAGAUCAAUCAGGCAGUGUUCCCGGGCCUUCAAGGAGGACCCCAUAAUCAUCAGAUUGCAGCUAUUGCUGUUACAAUGAGACAAGCUGCUGAACCUUCAUUUAAAGAUUACCAGGAACAGGUAAUAAAGAAUUCCAAAGAGCUUGCCAAAGGCUUGCAGACUGCUGGCUACAAGAUUGUUACAGGAGGAACUGACAACCAUUUAGUGUGGGUGGAUAUGCGAUCUGUGGGGCUAUCAGGAGGCAAAGCUGAAAAAAUUUUGGAAGAUGUAUCCAUAGCAUGCAACAAGAACACGGUUCCCGGUGACAAAUCUGCAUUGAACCCAAGUGGCAUUCGUUUGGGGACUCCUGCUCUCACCACAAGGGGCAUGAAGGAAGAUGACAUAAAGAUGGUUGUGUUAUUCAUGGAUGAAGCCUUCAAGAUUGCAAAAGAUGUGCAAGCAACAUCUGGACCCAAGUUGGUGGAUUUCAAGCGUGUCCUGGAUGAUGAGGAUUUCAAGACACGUGUGGGUGCUCUCAGGGAGAAGGUAGAAGCUUAUGCGGUUAAAUUCCCAAUACCAGGAUUACCAGACAUUUAAACCUUGUACUAUUGAUAAACUAAUAAAGCUAAUAAAUUUCGGGCCAAAAUAUGUAUUACAUCAUAUAGUGGUUAUAUGCUGCAUGUAUCAUUUAACUGCUUAAAUUGGUGCUAUCUUUUAUGAUGAAGAUAUACAGAUAUGUGAUAAAUGUCUGUUCCAAUUUUUCAGAAAUACAGUAUUUAUUUUUAAUAAAAUGAAGCUAAUAGCACCACCUGUUA